GCUUAUACAUGGGUAAAUACUGUAACUUACAAAAUGCGUUUCUGUCGCAGUAUAUCUAAUACAUAGUGCAACAUAGUAUCAACAUAGGUUUUCCAUAUGUCUGGAUCUACAAGGGAUGAUAUUUUAUAAUAUAGUAGCUGGUAGGGAACAAAAUAUAUCAAAUACUCUGCUGCUGUGCUUAAAACAUUAACUAGACGAUCAGCGAUUGCAUACGUGGGCUUUCUGUGGCAAUGCAUAUUAUUGAUGGGUUUUUAUCAAUAAGCCUUUUGCCAUGUCAUUUUAAAUAUUCAAUAUGAACAAAAUCAAAUAUUCUUCCUUCCGAGAUUGGGAGAUUAUACUACCAAACUCGAUGAACUGCGAACACCGAGUUAAAAACGAUCGAUCGUAAUUUGAAUUUCUGUCAACUCACGUGACCAUAUCGAAGGCCCCAAAAUGUCACAUGAUAUUUCGCUUAGGCGGGUAUCGACGUACCGUUCUAAUGUUCAUUACUAGAGUAUCGGUUUAAAAUGAACCUCAAGAUGAAUUCUUUUGGCAGGACAUUUUCGCAGGGAAAACCACUUUCUAAAGACCUAAAAUCUGUUUUGAUAGACGACAUAUUAAGCGAAGAAGAUGUUUCUACAGAACAUUUUGGCAGAAGUUUUCGGGCAAUUGGCGUGAAAUACAAAGUCACUGCAGGAAUGGUUUCUAAAGUUUGGAGGAAUUUUUGUCGUAAUGGAAAACUUUCUCCUUCAAAAUGUUUUGGUCAGCCAAAUAAACUCGAGGAUCCAGAACUCGAUUUAGUUCAGCUACUCAAGAAGAACAGACCAUCUAUUACAUACAGUGAGCCCUGUUAUAGACCUGUGCUGGAAUACUGCACCCCCGCCUUUCAUCACGCACUCCCCGCCUAUCUCAGCGACGACAUCGAAAGAGUCCAAAAAAGAGUGCUUUCUAUAGUAUCACCUAACAAGUCAUAUCAGGACUGUCUCGCCAGUGUCGACCUGUCAACUCUUAAAGAUAGACGAAACGAACUUUGUAGCCAGUUAUUUAAGUCCAUUGCUACAAAUCCAGAACAUAAAGCAGAAACUAAUCAAGAGUUCUGGAGUUCUUGA